ACAAGGGAAACAUGGGGGCAGGGAUCAUACUGCCAAAGGGGGUGGUGUGCGUGAGGAUGGUAGUUUUGGGUGGCAAGCGGAGCUUCCAUAUACAGAAGCAGUAUACCAGACCUCAGUGGGUUAAGUGACCUGAACUUGAUUCCUAGAGAGGAAGGGACUGGUGGGGUAGGGGGGGGGAAAGAGACUGUGUUCCCCAAAGCAAAAGUACCCCCAUCCAAAGCCCCUUUGUGCCUGGCUUCACACUUGGGGGAAGUAGCCGCUGUUUCCCCCAGGCUCUGCACUGGUGGCCCCCUCUGAAAUCUGGUGAGCCCCCUUCCCCAUUGCACAUUUGAUUGAAGGGUUUCCCAAAGGCCACAGAGGAGGAGGUGCACGAGAGGUGUGUUCGCCUGAUUCCCCCAAUCAGGGAGGAGAGCUUCCCUCCUUCCUUUCUGCAAAUUCAGAACACCGCUUUGAAUUGAAGGGGGAUUUCCAGUAGGCAGUGAUGGCAUAGCACCUUGGACAGAUCCAGCUAAAACCCAAAGUGGAUUCCACUCCCCACUGACAUGGAGCCAACCGCUGCCACUCCAGAUCAAGAAUGGAACAGCAAGAACCAGCUGCCUCUGAAGCAGAAAGAAGCCCGGAUGCCAUCAAUACUGGGACCCAAGGGCUGGAAUUGGUGCAGAAGAUUUUGGGGGAGAACACCCUCAGCUUGAAUGUCCAAUGCCAACAGUUCAGGCAUUUCCAUUACAAGAAGGCAGUGGGCCCCCGUAAGGUUUGCAGCCGAUUCCACGUUCUUUGCCGUCAGUGGCUGAAGCCAGAGCGACACACUAAGAAACAGAUCCUGGACCUGGUGAUCCUGGAGCAGUUCCUGAUGAUCCUCCCACUGGAGAUGGCGAGCUGGGUGAGGGAAUGUGGAGCGGAGACCACUUCCCAGGCGGUGGCCCUGGCCGAAGGAUUCCUCCUGAGUCAGGCAGAGGAGAAGAAGCAGGAACAGCGGCAGGAAAUGAGUCUCUUUGCAGAAAUAGGAACUGAUUUCCUUGAGGCAGAGAGGACCCUAUUGGACACGAGACAGAGGCUGCUGGGGGAUGGAAUGAUGCCAGCAGGACUUACUAAACCAUCUUCUUGUGGUGGAAGGGAAGGUGCUGCUGUCACACUGGAUCAGGGUCCAGUGGUCUUUGAGGAUGUGGCUGUGUAUUUCACGGAAGAGGAGUGGGCCCUGCUGGAUCCUGACCAGAGAGCUCUGCAUAAGGAAGUCAUGGAAGAGAAUUGUGGGACUCUGGCCUGUCUUGAUGGUGACAAAUGGGAAGCCAAGAAUGAGGGAGAACUACUUGAGAAAGAGACGCAACAAGAAAAAGACAGAUCUAAGAAGAGGGAAGAGCAGGGAAGGAAAACUGAAGAAGAGAAGAGGAGGAGUGAAUCCUCUCCUUCUCAGGGCAGUGACUGCCAUGAGAUUUCAGUCCGAGAAAAAACAAAUGAAAGAAACAAAAGCAGUAAUUCUUUUGGUGAUUGGAAGAGUCUUAAUUUUACAAUAAAUUGCAAAGCCCACAGCAGAAACCACAAAGGGGAGAAACCAUAUGAAUGCUUGGAAUGUGGAAAGAACUUUCCUUCAAGGUCUAAAGUUACGACAUAUCAAAGAAUUCAUACAGUGGAAAAACCGUAUAAAUGCAUGCUAUGUGGAAAGGGCUUUCCUUCCAGUUCUAAACUUUCUAUCCAUGAAAGAAUUCACACUGGGGAGAAACCAUAUAAAUGCUUGGAAUGUAGAAAGAGCUUCAUUCACAAGACAUCUCUCACUAAUCAUCAAAUAACUCAUACUCGGGAGACCCCAUAUAAAUGCUUAGAAUGUGGAAAGAGCUUCAGAAUCAGUUCUGAGCUUUCUUACCACAAAAGAAUGCACAGUGGUGAGAAACCAUAUAAAUGCAUGGAAUGUGGAAAGAGCUUCAGUGAUAAGAGAAAUCACACUUUCCAUCAAAGAAUUCACACUGGGGAGAAACCAUAUAAAUGCUUGGAGUGUGGAAAGAGCUUUAUUCACAAGACAUCUCUCACUAAUCAUCAAAUAACUCAUACUGGGGAGAUCCCAUAUAAAUGCAUGGAAUGUGGAAAGGGCUUUUCUUCGAAUUCUAAACUUACUUUCCAUAAAAAAAAUCACACUGGGGAAAAACCAUAUAAAUGUUUGGAAUGUGGAAAGAGUUUCAGUCAGAAGAUAUCUCUCACUCACCAUCAAAUAAUUCACACAGGGGAGAAGCCAUAUACAUGCUUGGAGUGUGGAAAGAGCUUCAGUCAAAAGACAUCUCUCACUAAUCAUCAAAUAACUCAUACUGGGGAGAAACCACAUAAAUGCUUGGAGUGUGGAAAGAGCUUCACUCAGAAGAUAUGUCUCACUAAUCAUCAAAGAAUCCAUACAGGGGAGAAACCAUAUAAAUGCUUGGAGUGUGAAAAGAGUUUCAAUCACAAGACAUCUCUCACUUUGCAUCAAAGAUUUCAUACAGGGGAGAGACCAUAUAAAUGCUUGGAGUGUGGAAAGAGCUUCACUCAGAAGAUAUGUCUCACUAAUCAUCAAAGGCUUCAUACAGGGGAAAAACCAUAUACAUGCUUGGAAUGUGGAAAAAGCUUCAUCCAGAAGACAUAUCUCACAUUGCAUCAAAGACAUCAUACAGGGGAGAAGCCAUAUAAAUGCUUAGAAUGUGGAAUGGGCUUCAGAGCCAGUUCUCACCUUUCUUCCCACAAAAGAAUUCACACUGGGGAGAAACCAUACAAAUGUUUGGAAUGUGGAAAGAGCUUCUGUCGGAACUCCGAACUCACUUCCCAUCAAGGAAUUCACGCACGUGAGAAACCAUACAAAUGCUUAGAAUGUGGAAAGGGCUUGAGCUGCAAGAAAACCUUCAUUUCUCAUCAGAGAAUUCACACAAGGAAAAAACUGUUAAAUAAUGCUUGAAUUGUUUAGAGAGCUUCAGAAGAAACAGAAAUGUCAUCUUCCAAAAAUUCCAUGUUAGUGUGUCACAUGUAGAAAACUUGUCUCCAAGGUGAAGAUGGGUUGGGACUGAAUAUGCUGUAGUUGAGACAUGGGGUGAUCGGAUCAGUGGUUCUUCCUUGUCUUGAUACAUUAUCGAUAUGAAUAUCAGUUACUGGAAACCUCGGAAGGGGAGGGUGCUCACGUCCUGCUUCUGGGCUUCCAGAGGCUUCUGGUUGGUCUGACCCAAGAGGCUCUUUCUACGUUCUUAUUUGUAUUCUUAGUCUAUAUCCAACGAGAUUCAUUUGUAUCCUGUGAUUUUUCUUUCUUAAUAUUGUUUUGAUUCAUUUGUUGUAUUUAUUAUGCCUUUAUUGUGUGUUUAAUUAGUUUUCAUGUGUACCUGUUUACUAUUGUUGUGAGAUCUUUUGAGUUCAACCUGGAAAAGCAGCACACAAAUAUUAGCGUCAGUAAGAAGAUGCAGCUCACUUCUCAUCAAAGAAUUCACAGAGGGGAGAAUCCGUAUAAAUGCUCAUGGAAGUGAAGUCCGUUAAGUGCCCCAAUGGGCAAAAAGCGGUGGUCAAACAGAACCCACGAGGCUAACACUUACCAAAGUUGUCCUAAGUACAUGGUCUUUUAGUUUAAAAGCGAAACGUGGCCACCAAUCCAGAACGGAAUUCCAGAGGACAGGCCCUGGUUUUGGAUGCAUGUUAGCUGAGAUCAGUCUGGUGUCCCAGAUACAAGGUUCAGAACAAUCUGAACAGGAAAUUAUUAUUAUAAUUAUAUCCCACCCUUCUUCCCAGUAGGAGCCCAGGGUGGCAAAUUACUCCAGGUUUAAAAAGAAAACAGAGAAACACUUAAAAAUAGGAAGAAAAGAGGACAGCAACUGUGGAACUGGAUGAUUUUCUGGGUUUUUUGUAUAUUAAACAAACAGAUCAAAUGGU